CAUGCUGUAUGUGUUCUAAAUUCCCUGUAAGAGUAUACGGGAAGGACUUUUGUCAUGAAGCAUCUUAUAGUGUAUUUCCACUGGGUGGCGCUAGUUUCCGCUAUUCCGCUAUUGUGUUUUUACUUUCACUUUUGCCAGCCGUUUGCUCCGCCAUUUCUUCAGGUGUUAAUGUGCGUGAUUGAAUAAAGACCACAUUUAAUACCUUGCACAUAACUGAAUGAUGCCAAAUAUGCAAACAAAUAUAAAGAGUUGAACUGUUCCAUGUCUCCUGUCACGCUUCUUACCGGAGCCCCGUAGUGGAUGAGCAUUCACCUACCUAUAUUAUUAGUUAUAGUUCUUUUCAUUUGGUCCUUCGAGCCGGAUGCUACACUCAUUACGGUGAUAUGGAGCAAUGGAGCCAAUAUUACUCUCCUGAUACCACACAUCCUGUUCGACCACAGGCCAGAGCACGUCAGCUCUCAACACGUCUGCAAGCUUAUGACAUAACAUUGCCUAAAUCUCUCAUACCAGACCCUGCGCUGUACGACAGUUCAUACCACCAGCCAAGGAUGAAUCACCCAGCAUCACAGCUAAACCUCAGUGGACAGGCCGAGCCAGUCUCGACUGUGGAGCAGCUUCCUAUGAGUGAGUUAUCUCUGGUGCAGUAUGGAGUAGGUCAAGCUACAGGUCAUUUGGGCAGCGUUGAUAAUGGAUCUGGUGUUUUUGCAAGACAGCUAGAUGAUGACAGAUCCUAUAGUCAUUCUAGAUCACCUGUAGUUCAGCGAGAAUAUCACAGUCUAUCCGAACGUGAGUCUCUUAGCAGUGGUGCUGUUUCACCUUCACUCCGUGAUGAAGAACAGGCUAGAGCCAUCUCACCACCUGUGGUCAGACCAAAAGCUACUGCGACACCAUCUAUCCCACUUCAGCCAUUCCAUGCUGCUGUAGUCACCCGAGACAUUUCUCAACAGUCAGCUCCAUGGCAUAUGACACAAACGAUGCCUAAUGCCGCAUAUGGUACGACUGCGCCAUAUCUUGGUGUCUCACCUUCAUCCGCUCCACAUGCAAUGCUGCAUCAGCAAACUUCAUCCAGUACACUAGAUUUUCGUCCUUCAUGCCAACUUACCUCAUCAUUGCCACGUACUGUUACAUCAGUGAAGCUGCCUUUAGUUACAACAGCCCACACCACUUGUGUGCCACCUGUCUAUCAGUUACAGACUACUGUUCCAUGCCAACCACAAUGGCAGUCAUUCACCAUGCCAGACCCAUAUCGACCUCCACCAUCAGUCCCAGGGUAUUAUGUCACUCAGCCGUCUAUUCACAUUCCAGGACAGACCUGGUAUGGCUCUCCAGCAAUGUACCCGCCACUACCUCCAACCCCUGUUUACCAGCCAAUACCUGCAGCGCUUCCACUCCAGCCAGUUCCAAUCCCAACAUUACCUAAACUUGUGAAUGAUAGUGAGAGAGAGUUUACAGAUCUGAAGAUGGCUUUGGAUAAUCUCCUCAAUCCUCACACUGAGCUCACUGAACAUUAUAAAUAUAGGGUGUUAAUGGAACAGUUAGUCCUGGAGGAAGCAAGGCUUAUCGUCCAAGCAUGCCGGCAUCAUCCUGCACCCUAUGCAGCAGCUAUGACAGCAUUACAACGUCAGUAUGGCCAACCUCAUCAGCUGGCUCAAAGUGAAAUUGCAUCUUUGUUAAAUUCGCCUGAUAUUAGAGCUGGGGAUGCAAAGGCUUUCCAGAGUUUUGCGCUCAAUGUUGACUUGUUAGUAGGCAUGCUGAUGUCACUUGAGGGGCCACAGGGACGAGAACUCACUUGCACGGGGCAUGUUGACAGACUACUCAGUAAGCUACCCAAGCAUUACAGAGAUAGUUUUAUUGAGCACCUCCAGUUACGAGGCAGACUGAGCACUGACAGCCUCAACCCGUAUAACCUUCAUGAUCUUGCUGACUGGUUGAAAGUGAAAGCAGAGGCUCAGCGUCUGUCAUCUAAAAUGGUACAGCGCUACCAGACUGAGAGAGUUCAAGUCCCACGUAGAGAACGUCAACCCAUUCCGAAGCCCCAAACUCGACUCACUGCAGUGUAUCAUGGCAGCAACCAACCCAAAGAGGUCAGUACAGUAAAUUAUGCCCAUACAGAGCCUGCUCAUGCCCAGCAAUCAGUUAAGAAGCUGAAACGUCUAUGUCUGUUCUGUAAAAGUCAAGAGCACUAUUUGUCGCAGUGUAGUGAAAUCACUGAGCGCUCACCGGAACAGAUUUUCAAGUGGAUAAAGGACAGUAAGAGAUGUUGGAAAUGUGGACGUACAAGUCAUAAAUGUGAGGAAUGCACGCUAAAGAAACCUUGCAGAGAAUGUGGUAAUAUACACCUCAGUGUGCUGCAUUCCAUUGCCAAAGAUGGUCCCAACCUUGUGCUACUUACGACGUCUGGAGAUCGAGCAUAUCUGACUUCCCCUAGCUCAACAGGACGUGUUUACCUGAAAGUCGUCCCAGUGCUGCUGUGGAAAGGCAAAAGAUCUGUACCAACAUAUGCUAUCCUGGAUGACGGGGCCCAGCGGAGUAUUGUUCUUCCAGCAGCAGUUCAGCAGCUAGGACUUGUGGGUAGGGAAGAGCAUAUGGCCCUUCGCACCAUCCGACAUGAUGUCACUGAGUUAAAGGGACAGUCAAUCGAUCUGCUACUUUCCACACAGUCAAGUCCAAAGGAGAAGUACAGCCUCACAAAUGUAUUUACUGCUCCUCUCCUUACGUUAACUGACCAAACGUAUCCCAUCCAGAGACUCCAGCGAUGCUAUUACCAUCUCAGAGGGAUUCCUCUUCCAACCUUUGAUAAGGUGCAGCCCCUUCUCCUAAUUGGGUCUGACUACCCAAACCUGAUCACAGCCAAGGAGCCCAUCAGACUAGGGCCAGCUGGUGGACCGGCAGCUGUUCGUACGCAGCUCGGUUGGGUUCUCCAGGGACCAGAUGGACUUCUGCCACAUCAGGUACCUUCACCACAGUGCUUAUUCACUUCCCUUACUCCAAUUCGCGAUCCUGUUUACCAACAUGUUGAGCGACUGUGGCAACUGGAUGUCCUCCCAUACCGCAGUGAAAAGCUGGUAACACGAUCAAAACAGGAUCAAGCAGCUGUGAAUAUGCUGGAGACCAGAACACGACGUGUGGAAGUUAAUGGCAUCUUGCGUUACGCUACUCCACUCCUUCGUGCACGGGAUGCCCCACCUUUGAGAGGAAUCAAAGAGUCAGUUUUGUCCAGCCUCAGAAACACUGAGAGGCGUCUCAGCAAAGACACAGAAAAGGCAAAGAUGUAUGAAGCUGAGAUACAGAAACUCCUUGAUUCAGGGUAUGUUGUCAAGAUACCCCUGGAGAAUCUUCAGCCCAUUGAGGAGUCAUGGUUCAUACCACAUCACCUCGUACACCACAAUGGCAAGGAUCGGCUGGUUUUUAAUUGCUCCUUUGUGCAUCUAGGUGUUUCCCUUAAUCAGCAGCUGCUUCCUGGUCCCAGCCUCAGUGCCUCAUUGUUGGGAGUUCUCCUUCGGUUUCGGCAGUAUGCGGUUGCCAUCAGUGGUGACAUACGUGGUAUGUUUCACCAGGUGAGACUCCUACCCGAAGACAAACCCCUGUUGAGGUUUAUUUGGAGGAACAUGCGUAGGGAGGAUCCACCUGACAUUUACGAGUGGCAAGUCUUGCCCUUUGGGACGACCUGCAGUCCCUGCUGCGCCACCUUUGCUCUACAGAGACAUGUGCGCAGCCAACAGCCCGGAAAUGAAGAAGUGCUGCAGUCCAUAGAGCGGAGUUUUUAUGUAGACAAUUGUCUGCAGAGUUUCGCCACUGCUAUGGAAGCUAAGCAACUGAUCGACAAGAUGAGACCUCUACUAGCCUCAGGGGGCUUUGAAAUAAGACAGUGGGCUUCUAAUGUACCUUCAGUCAUUCAGCACUUACCUUCCACAGCUCGCUCAGAGAGCAUUGAACUGUGGUUGCAGCAGUAUAAUUUGGAUCCCCUGGAACCAGCUCUGGGCUUGGUGUGGCACUGUCUAGAAGACCAUGUGGGCUUCCGGAAUCGUGAAAUGAUAAAUAACCCCCCAACAAUGAGACACAUUUAUAAGGUCUUGGCAUCACAAUAUGACCCCCUGGGGUUUAUCAUCCCCUUUACCACACGGGCCAAGAUUCUUGUCCAGAAGCUCUGGGCCAAACCAAGGAAUUGGGAUGAUCCAAACCUUCCCACAGACUUGCUAGAGAAAUGGAAUAGGUGGGAGGAGGAGUUGCCCGACCUCAGCAAGAUCAAGCUUCCCAGAUGCUACAUCCCUUCCAACUUUGAUGUGGAGACAUCAAAAUUUAAUUUGCAUGUGUUCGGUGAUGCAUCGGAAGUGGCCUAUGGAUCGGUGGCUUACCUCCUUAUUGAGCAGCAUGGGAAGAUCCACACCUCCUUUGUUAUGGCCCGCUCUAGGGUAGCCCCCAAACGGCAGCUGUCAAUGCCACGUCUCGAACUUUGCGCGGCUCUGACCAGUGCCCAGCUUGCCAAUUUCCUCAGUCAGGAACUGACCAUCGCCAUAGAGAAGGUGACAUUAUGGACUGACUCUACUACUGUCCUGACAUGGAUACAGUCAGAGUCUUGUAAAUAUAAAGUUUUUGUUGGGACAAGAGUGGCGGAAAUCCAAGAGUUGACCGAGCUUCACUCAUGGAGGUAUGUAGAUUCCUCCAAUAACCCGGCGGAUGAUAUCACCAGAGGGAGGAAACUUACAGAGCUGGCAAACCCAGGUAGAUGGAGUCAGGGUCCAAAAUUCCUUUGUGAACCACCAGAUCACUGGCCAGUCACGCCCUUGUUAGAGGCCCAAGAUGACAUAUCAGAGAAAAGGAAAGCUGUCUUCUGUGGUCUGGUUGGGAAUGGGGAUCAAAGUUCUGGGAUUCCUGAUGCAUCCCAGUAUACUUCCUGGAGAGACUUGGUAAAUGCUACUUACCAGUUUCUUCACGGGGAGGAGACCUUCCCAGAGGAGCUUAGAGCCCUGAAGUCAGCGAAACCUGUGCCUGUUUCCAGUCGUCUGAACACACUUGCACCAGAGUUGGAUUCCACACUGAGAUUGAUCCGUGUGGGAGGAAGACUGCGGAAACUGGAUGACUUAAGUCAAAUUGAGAUCCACCCAGUGGUUUUAGACCCGCACCAUAAAGUAACUAAACUUCUUAUAAAGCACUUUGAUGAACGCCUUCUCCACCCAGGACCUGACAGGGUUUUCGCCGAACUCCGUCGCCACUACUGGAUCCUGAGAGGCAGACAAGCGGUAAGGCAACAUCAGAGAGAGUGUGUAGAAUGCCAAAAGUGGAGAGCCAAGCCGACUGUGCCUAUCAUGGCUGACUUACCUUUAGCUCGUCUGCGACUAUACCAACCGCCUUUUUUCUCAACUGGAGUUGACUGCUUUGGGCCCUUCAUUGUGAAGAUUGGCCGUCGCACUGAAAAACGAUGGGGAGUCAUCUUCAAGUGCUUGACGACCAGAUGCAUUCACCUUGACCUCCUCAAUAGCAUUGAUACCGAUGCAUUUUUGUUGGCACUUAGACGGUUUAUAGCUCGCAGAGGAACCCCAUCCGAAAUUUUCUCGGAUCAGGGGACCAAUUUCCGAGGAGCUGCAACUGAAUUACGGGAAGCCUUCAAAGUAAUGGAACCCAAACUGCAAGAGUUGUUGGCUAACUAUCAGAUCAACUUUAGGAUGAAUCCUCCCGCCGCACCACACUUCGGAGGUGCAUGGGAAAGGGAGAUCAGAUCAGUAAAGUCUGCCCUGCAGGUAGUUGUUGGUAGCCAGUCGGUUCCAGAGGAAGUACUACGCACAGUACUGAUCGAAGUCGAGGGCAUCCUUAACAGCAAGCCAUUGGGAUAUGUCUCAUCCGAUGUGGCAGACAUAGACCCGGUUACCCCUAACAUGCUGCUCAUGGGGCGGCGAGACGCCUCACUCCCCCAGGUAAUCUACACUCCUGAACCGCUAUCCAAGCGUCGCUGGCGUCACUCUCAAACCAUUGUGGAUCACUUCUGGUCAUACUACACCCGGCAUUACCUCCCAAGCCUUCAGACUCGCCAGAAGUGGCAGCGAGAAACCCAAGAUUUAAUGGAGAAUAUGGUAGUGAUGAUUAUGGAUCCGCAGCUUCCCAGAGCCCAUUGGCCAACUGGUCAGGUAGUCAAGUUGAUACCCAGUGCUGAUGGACACAUUAGGUCAGCUCAAAUCAAGGUCAGUGAUCGCUUAUACAUACGACCUGUGGCCAAACUCGUCAGACUUCCAGCACUUCCGGAUGGAGGUGACGCUGACCCCAAGGACUAG